AUGGAGGUGGAGAGAAGCAUCCCUUUCCUUUGGAUGAUGGGGGGCAGCUUCUUGGAUAUUUGUCGCCGGUGUUGGGAUGACAAGAAGGAAUUGCUCCAGGCAAGUGUGACCUUGGUGGAAAAGGUUGGCCUGAUGGCUCCGGGUUCUACUGUGGACGAUUUCCAAAAGAAAUACUGUUUGCAGGGCGAGACACUAGCCCUACGGCUCACUGACGACAUUGACAUUAGUGAGGAUGCUGACCAGUUUGGGGUGCUGAAGAUCGAUGAUGGUGGCAUGAAAUGUCUUGCUGCUGCCCUGGUUUGGGUGGGUUUAGCAUUUGUCUUUGUGAAGGAGCCCGAGGCAGAGCUGAGAAAGCCUGGUGUUGUUGCGCUGACCUCAAGCCUGCUGAAGCUGAUGACCUUUCGCAAGCAGCAACCGAUCAAUCCUGCACAUGGAAUGAUUCAAAGGAUCAUAAAGCAGAAUGUUGAUGCGAAGAAGCUCCCCAUCAGCAGCUUUGAGUGGGCAAACAUAUUGGGAUCACUUCAAUCUGCUAAUGACAUGCAGGAGUUUGGUGUUUCAGAUGCUAUUGCUAUAUACAACGCUUCUCCUGAAGUUCAUGCCGCGGAACACGGAGGAUCCGGAACCCUGGCCAUUGACUCCAAGAAGGUUUGGGGCAUCAAGCACUGGAUGGAGAAAUCCAGUCAACAAGCACAUGCAGUAGUUCACAAGACCCUGCUGGACUACCCAUUCCAGUAUGGGCCGUAUGGAGAGGCCUUCUCCUUGACGCCGCAGAUGUUUCUCGGAAGCCAGGCUGAGGAGACGGUCGCCAAUCCUCAGGCCUCAUUGGCCCCUCUGUCCGGCGAAGCCAACAUCAGCAUAGACUGGGCCCUGCCCUUGGAUGGAAACUCUCAAGCAUGGCUUCUCUCCAGGGUCCACCUGGCAUUCCAAAAGGCGACGGCGAUCGUCGAUGACAUCAAGGAGAAAAAGCGUUACCGAGCAAAGGCUGAGGACCUUCUUCAACUUCGGGACUUGAUGGCUUUCUGGAGCCAGGUCAGAAGCUUUCUGUCCAGCAGACUUCAAGACUUCGAUGAGUUCGAGCGCAAGCUCAUGACCAGCAGUGUGCUUGAUGGCCAGUUCAGUGACAUCUUGGAACAAAGGCCAAAGGCCUUCAGCCUGUCUAUGCUGCCAUCAGCACGUGACGCUGCAGCAAAGGAGACGCGAGCUUGCGAGGAAAUUGCAAGUGUAGAGGCAGACGGGCAGCGGCUGGAAGUGCGGUCGGCACGAUGGAACUAUUUUCAGCAAGCGCUGGAUCGGGACCAACGCCAAUUGAAGUUGGUGAUUGAAGCCCCAGCCAAGCUGGAUUCUCUCCGUCACCGCCGGGAGAUGGCCUGGAGAGCAGAGCAAGCGAAAGUGGGCGAGAAGUUGGUCUUGGCGUACUGCGAGAAGUUCCUCAAGACCAUCCAGAUCAAGAAGAUGGAGCAUCUGCACGAGCAUGUGCAUCAGCACCGGGAGUUUAUCGCGAGUGCUCAUGGAAUCAAACCCAGUGACAUCUACACGAUCACAUUGGUGGACUUGAACGUGCCUUACUCCAAUUCCAAGGAGAGGAUGGAUGAGAUAAUGACCGCAGUGUCUUUCAUCAACGACAUUAGCCCGACACGCACCGUGGCAUUGGUAGAGCUCCCUGACAUGCCCAAGAAAACCUCGAAGAGAGGCCUCGCGGACGAGGAAGCUGAAGUCCAAAACACGCUCUGGGGCUUGAGGAGAUAUUGCUCUGGUCGCUUGGUUUGCAAUCAUGAUGCGGAGGCUGAGAAUGUCUUCAUCAACAGUGCUGAGCUUGCUGUGGUUCUGCAGCACCGGCUACACAAGGCUUCGUUUGGUGGAUGGAGUGCUGAGAAUAUGCACUACUUGUCUGUGUCGUGGAUCGGCAAGGACACUUUCUCCUUCGGCCAGAGCCGCCUGGUGCGCGAGGUGCUCAAUGCAUGGAUGAAGGGGACCUUGGAAGUCGGCCCAAGCCAAAAAUUUCUCACAACGCCGCCACCUUUGGCGCAGAAGGACAUAGAAAGCAUCCCUGGGGCCCUUGCGGCCACGACAUCACUCGAUGCCAUGAAGUGGGAGGUCUUGGAACGGCGUGGAGAUCAAUGGCACAUCAAGGAAGAUGAGUCCCGCUACUGGGAAGCGCAGGGGGGGAGAGAUCACCCAGAGUUUCCAGGCAUUGAAGAGCCAGCACAGCCAACUGAGCAAUCAGAGACACCGUCCUUGGACAAGCUGGAUUCCAUGGAGGCUCUCAAGAGUCAGCAGGAGGUUGAAGCUGAUGUGGCUUCAGAGAUCCAAGGUGUUCGCAUCAUCUUGACCAAGAGUGGACAGAUCUGGCUUGUCUGUGAGAAAGACAAGCAUCUUCCCAAGAACUCUCAGCUUGGCGGCUUUGGGACAGGCCAAUACUCCAAGAUUUCUGACCCAGGGACAGGCCCAGCCUACACCUUCCCAUUGAAAGACCGGACAAUCGUCCAGCUGGACGAGACCUCUCUGCGCGAAUCAUGCCCCACCAACUCGGUGCUUACCAUGUCCUUGUACAAGCUCAUCGUCACCAUCGAGCGGGAGAAGAGUGCACCAGAUGUGAAGCUCUCUUACAUGACCGCAGUCCGGAAGACAGAUGAUACUGUCGAGGCGGGUUCAGACGCCUUUGAACUCACCAUCACCCAGGACAUGCGAUUCAAAUGCAUUGAGGACAGCAGAGCUUCAGCCAAGACAACUUGCAAGAAUGUUUUCAGCAAGUGUGUUCAGGCUUGUGAAUCCAGCACCGUCAUCGGCACCUGCUUUCGCUUUCGGUAUGAGAAGGUAGGCAUGAGCCUGAAAGCAGUGAAGCCAUAUGUCAUUUGCAAGUCAGCGGUGCAGCUUUCUGGCAAUAAGCCUGUGAAAGUAGCUGGCUGA